UUUGUCCGCCUCGGACCGACGCCGCCGUAGGCCUGGUAUCCGCCAUGAAGUUUCGCGCCAAGAUCGUGGACCUGGCUUGUCUCAAUCACUUCACACGAGUCAGUAACAUGAUAGCCAAGCUUGCCAAAACCUGCACCCUCCGCAUCAGCCCGGAGAAGCUUAACUUCAUCCUUUGCGACAAGCUGGCCAGUGGGGGCGUGAGCAUGUGGUGUGACCUGGAUCAGGAGAACUUUUUUAGUGAAUUUCAAAUGGAAGGAGUCUCUGAAGAAAACAACGAGAUUUAUUUAGAACUAACGUCGGAAAACUUAUCUCGAGCCUUGAAGACUGCCCAGAACUCCAGAGCCUUGAAAAUCAAGCUGACUAACAAACACUUUCCCUGUCUUACAGUGUCUGUAGAGCUGUUGUCUUCAUCAAGCAGCAGCAGAAUUGUGGUGCAUGAUAUCCCCAUAAAGGUUAUUCCGAGAAGACUGUGGAAGGACUUACAAGAACCCUCCGUCCCAGACUCUGAUGUUAGUAUUUGUUUACCAGCCUUGAAGACAAUGAAGAGUGUUGUGGAAAAAAUGAGAAACAUCAGCAAUCAACUUAUUAUUGAAGCAAACCUAAAAGGAGAACUAAACCUAAAGAUAGAAACUGAGUUGGUAUGUGUGACGACUCAUUUUAAGGAUCUUGAAAACCCUCUAUUAUCCUCUGACAGUGUCUCUCAGACCAGACACCCAGAAGACAUGGCCAAGGUGCACAUUGACAUAAGGAAGCUCCUCCAGUUCCUUGCCGGACAGCAAGUGACUCCCACCAAGGCAGUGUGCAAUAUUGUGAGUAACAGAACUGUUCAUUUUGAUUUGCUCCUGGAAGAUGUCUCCCUUCAGUAUUUCAUCCCAGCCUUGUCCUAGCACCAACUCACCAGACUCAGAAGCACAGAGACCUUUGUCGUGAUGAGAGAAGCACUGGACGAUAUGGUCAGUCAGCUGCCUGUCUGCACAGUACUGGGCUGUACUGGGCUUAUUUCUCUCCCUAUGCUGCUUUAAGCACAAAUGGAAUUAAUGAAGUACAGUUGGAUAGUCAUUCCUUCAUAUUACUCAAUACCAACCCCUUAGUCCUUUAAGACAUUAAGAAGAAAAGAGACUUUAUUUUGUAUAGAGUUUUUGUUGUUUUCUUUUGGUGCCAGAGAUGAGACAAGGCCUCAUGCAUGCUGAGCUCGUGCUCUGCCACUGAGUUGCCCUCCAUUCCUAUCUGAACUUUGAGUAGGUUUGUCACUGAGGUUGCAGAAAUUAUCCUAUGUGUAGAAUUCAUGUUGCAGUCAAUUCACAGGAGUACUACCCAGGUAGUUUCCAGCUCAUUCCCUGGUAUAGCACAGCUGCCUGCUUUCAGAUUUUAGCAUGCUCAUUUCUCCCACCCACACAUCUGGGAGCUCAGUGCAAAAUGGACAGCUCCUCAGUCCCUGCAUCAUGCCCCAUUUCUCACCACAUGAUGAGUAUACAGCUGGAGCAUGGUUUACUGAAGAUUCAAGUCCACUCACUUCCUUCUCACUGCCUGCAGAGCCUCAGCCUGGAGUCACUGAGAGCCUAGAGGAGCCAGAAACCCAUCCCAACCCACACAGUUCCUGUCUUGAAUUUGUCCUUUUUGUAUUUUCUGUUUUUAGGUUAUAACUUAUUUCCCUGUUUUUGUAGCAUUCAGGAUCAAGCCCAGGAUUGGGUACAAGCUAAACAAGCACUUUGUGCCAAACUGGAUCUCCAGUCCUUCAUAUCAUGAUUUUAUAUAAUUCUUCCACAGUGUCAGAUCUACCCUUCUGUAAAGCACAUGGUGUUUUGCAUAAAGCACUCUAAACUUGGGUGUCAUAUCUGUGAAGUGAUAAGGGAAGGUGUGUCCUGCUCCUGAAUUGGAGCUGGCUCACCCUAGACAGUGUGAUUUCCAUUCGCCAUAAACACCAUUAGCAGGUUUCAGGUAUCCCAUGAGGUGGCAUCAUGAAUAGUUUUCAUGUCACAAAGUCAAAGUCUAAUGUCACAAAGUCAAAGUCUAAGUUGCCUAGGAUAAGAUUUAAAAAGAAAAAAGAAAAUUAAAAAAAAAAACAAAACAUUUCUUUGGCGUUUUCAAAUUAUUUAGGAAAAGCAGUAUUUCUCAAUGGCUGUUAGGAUCAUUCAUUGUAGUUUCCAUUUUUAUUCGAAAGGUUCUUGUGUAAGUCAAGCUGGACUCAGGUGAGCUGUAGUUAGAUUGGCCUGGAUCUCCUGGGCCCCACCUUUUGCUCCGAAGUGUUGCGAUGACAUAUGAGCCAUCACACCACUGGCUCUUCUGCUAUUGAAUAUAAUAUGUUUAAAUUAACAUUUUAAAAUUAGGGAUUCUUUAAUCGUUAAAGCUUGUAACAAAAAUCAGUCAAAAUCAUGAGGCAGAUAGAAUUUUGGGACACUCCCUACAUCUUGUUCCUUAGACUUGUCUUUCUGCCAGAAGUACCAGAACUCACUAGUCACUAAUUUCACUGCUGUGCCGCAGACCUGAUGCCAUUGACUUUACAGUGAUCUAAUGUAGGGCAAAAGAAGCUUCCACUGGCAGUCAAGGGUUGUGCUCUCUCUGGUUCUUGUCACAACUUUCUGCAUAGUGUUCCUUUCAUAGCUUAUGUCUCAAGGAGCUGUAGUCAAGGGAUGGAGCUGAGAAAGUGCCAAGCUCUGGGAACUAUUUUGUGGAUCCCCAUCCUGAGGUGGAGACUGAGACCAGAGACAUUUUACCAUGUGUUGACAAAGCAAGUUGUCUGAGGUUUGGAGACAUACUUUCAUUUAUUGUGACUGCCUAAGACUCUGAGGUUUGAAGCAUACUUCAAUACAUAUGAGAGCCAGUAAGAAACCCCCUGACCUUACCUACCAGGGCUCAGAACCUACCUCCCUGGUAGCUAUGUCUUGAACUGAGAUUUUAACACUGUCCUGAGACAGUCAGGAAUAUAGAAUUCCUAAUGCAGUCAGUUAUACCAAUGUCCAAGUGAGCUUGUUAUCCCGUGGCCCUCCCUUGGUUCAUCAGGCACUUUCCUAUCCGUUAGGUCUCCAGCCUGAGUGUGUCCUGCUGUGCAUCCUGCCACAAAGAAUCCUGCCUGAAGAGCAGUUGAACAUUAGUUUUGGGGCAGGAAUUCUGGUUCUUCCAUCAGGAGCAGUGACUGAUAACAUGGUAAACGUUACCCAAUUAGUGGACUAUCCAUUGUUUUUAAGAGAUGUAGUUCUGUACUUUUUAAUUUUAAAGAUUUUACUAGGAUAUCAGAGUGUACAAGCUGGAGGAUGGUCAAUGGCUGUCACUCAAUCCACACAGUUGUUCCCCACCUUUCAGUCUGUGCCUUCCCUCCUGGGUACCGAGUUAGCUACUCUCGGUUUCAGUACUUGGCCUGCUCUGCACAGCUUUUUAUCCUCCUCCCCAGGCACCCAGGCCUCUGGAACCACCAUUCUUUGCUACAGCUGUGAGGGCCUGAGUGCCCUUCACUCUGUGGUUAUAUUGUCAGUACUGAUCCUGGCCUUCGCACCUUGGCUUUUGCCCAUGUCCAUCCUUGUAUAGUAAAUCUGUCUAGAAUUCUGUAUUCAGGUACUGCAGCCAUCGCAAAGCUUGAUGGCAUUGUCAUUUCUACAGGGGUGCUCUCCCAGCAUUCACAGUUUGAUUGCUGUGAGGCACAUCCUGGUUUUUAUUUUAAUGGCCCUGGAUAGACUAGCUCAGCACUGCUCACACUGUCUCAUGUGAACAGACCAGACCAGAGCAGACUCCUACAAAGUCUCAGAAUGUGGGGAAGCCAAAUGCCAGCUCCUGACACUUUUUUCCACUGUGGAAUCAAAUACAGGGAAUUUCUCCAUGUGUGGUACUAUGAGCUGGGUAGAGCAGCUUUGUAAUUACCCUGACUGUCUGCUCAUGGUUUUGCAUUUCUCUGUGGCCCAAUGGGUGGCACAGCUUCACUCUGGAGUUUGGAGAAAUCAGGGUAGUCAUCUUGCUGCUGGAAAGUUAGUAGUUGGAAUUAUGUGGGGACAUGGGGAAGUCACAGAUCUCUAUGCCACCGUUUUGCUAAUGCCACACUCCAGUUCUGUGCUUUUGCGUGGAUUCUGACGGAGAGUCUAAAGGGAGCUUGAGUUUGUCAAUUUUUUUUUCUAAGAACAGUAUUCAACUAAGAGAUGAUAAAUUAGAAUCACUUGGACGUCGAUGGUAGGAGGGGUGUUAGUACUACUGUCCUGAAGGUCACUUUGCUAUUUACUGUCUGUGGGAAGCUUGAAACUGCUCCCUUUGAUUUAAUACUUAUGCUCACAAGAGUCAUUACAUAGGGUAUAAUCAAAUCUUAGUACUGUUAUAAAUAAGAGAUUUCUUAAUGUGAAUGAACAGGAAAUUGGUAGAUGAUCUGUGCUGUGAUAUAAUAUCAUAUCCUAAUGCAAUACGAUAAAGUGCUGCUUAUAUGGUAACAAAACCAGUGGGAUGUUGGUGUUUGCAGUGUGGCACUAAAGACCAGGAAGCAUACAUCUAAACCCAGAUAUCCUGGGUGUUAUUCACUUCAGUCUUUUAUAUUUAUGUAUUUUCUAACAAUUUCAUGACCAACUUUGUAAUGAAAAUAUUUUUAUAAAAUGAAAUAAAUAUUUAUACUUUAA